AGACAAGACGCCACAGCUACAUCUGAACCAUUCCUGAACAGCAAGACAACAACAACAGCAGAAAUCGGAUCAGCAGCAGCAGAUUUGAGCAAGAACAGUUGUCCUCGUGACCGGCGAGCGGCCACCACAGUGACCCUCCCUGUACUUGCAAACCGAGGCCCAAGGACACCCACCGGUAAUUUCUGUCUGUUGCCCACACAUAGAACCAAGAGAAAACAAAGAAGACAGGGAUUCAGAGACUCAAACAAGCCCAAAACAAAAUUAUUUGGGUUGCUCGGUACUUAAGCCUACACAAAGUGCGUUUGGACCCACACUUGCCCCAGCCAUGUGGAGACUUCGCCAAGCCAAAGCAGCCCAAAGGGCACAAGAAGAGCAGAAGGCCCAAGAACCUGAAGAACUCAAAAACCUCAAGUCUGCUAUCCAAAACAUGCCAACCGUCACCCAAGAGAAUAUCGACCAACAACUCGAAGCUUGGUACGAUUUCAUGAAGGAGGGCCACAUGGAAGCCACAGAGGCUGCGGCCGAACUCAAUGAAAUCCUCCGAAAGCAUGGCGACCAAGACAAAAAUGGACCGAUGGUCCUCCUAGUCAACACAGGCAAUGGAAACUUUGAACUUCUCACCUGCAUCCUUACAGCACCGACCAGAGACGACAUCCCAAAUGCGCCCCGAAAUUCGGCCCUCCUAGGGCCGGGCAAAUUCAUCGGAGUACUGGGCGAUCGCACUGAACAUCAAGACACCUGGCUAGUUACCAUUGUAGAUCCCAAGAAUGUGUUUGGCAAGCGCACAGAGAAAUUGGCUCAAUGGGAUGACAUUACCCCACCGAAUGACGAAGACAAUGGUGUCGGCCUUAAACCCCACGACGAUGCCACUGAGGCAGAGUUCUACCCAUGUCUGCCAAUCUUCGGCAAAGAGGUAUGCGACAUUCUGUACGAAGGCCUCUACCCCGCCAGUGAGACCGAUAGCUCCUCGGUAGCAACAAAAUGGGGCUCUCGAACCAUUGCCCAUCAACUCAAAUCCUGGGUGGACGCCAUCGGCCCUGACAGUGUACGCGAUCAGGCCAAACUGUCUCUUCUAGGCCUCUCCACUCAAGUCAAUCAGGCCAAGGAUGCUGCAACCAUAAUGUUCAACCAGACAUCCUGUAAUGCUGAAACCAUGACCGAGCCAUUGCAAGCAUACAUUACACCAAUCGUGGAAUCCCUCUUGCACCCCAAACCAUACCAGGAAGAAGAACGUUCUCAAAAUGGCACCAUCGCAAAUGGAGCCCCAAACAGGAGUGACCCCAGCGCAACUGGUGGCCCUCACUCCGAACCCCUCACAAACGGGGAUCCCUCAAACGGGAAUGGCACCAUCGCAAAUGGAGCCGGCACCAUCGCAAAUGGAGCCCAAAUCGGCGCUGGCACCAUCGCAAAUGGUGCUCAAAUCGGCGCUGGCACCAUCGCAAAUGGCAGCCAAAACUCUCAACCCCUCACCAAUGAGGGCCCCUCAACCGGGACCGGCACCAUCGCAAAUGGUGCCGCAACUGGACAUGGCACCAUCGCAAAUGGCAGCCCAAACUCACCCGGAACCAGCGGCCCUGGCCGUCACACCCCUCCCAACCGGGUGCACUUUGAGGUAGUCAACGACGACCGCCCCAGUAGCACCCUGGCAGACCAAAACAAUCUUCGCUCCCGCAUCUUCUAUUUUGAACCUCAUGGCACACCCCCACGUGUGGACGUCACAGCCCCCCCCACCAGCCAAACAGGCUCCCGAGCAGUCGCUCCCGGUUUUGUCAACCAAGAAUUCAUGAAUCUCCUGGCCGUCGAACCCAAAUGCCGAUACAGCUGGUUCGAAGCAAAUGUCAUGCCUGCCCUGCGCCGCACAAAAGGAGGACCUGCCUUUCAAGGCUUUGACUAUCCUGAGAAAUUUGUCGAGGACUUAUGCAACAUGCGAUUCACUCACUCUUCCACCGAGAGCUGGUGGACCGGCCUAGUCGGCCAUCAGAUCCGACGCAGCAAAGAGCAGAUCCAAACCCACAAUGAGCUCCACCGCUCAUACAAUGCGGACCGCCUCCAGCUCAACCCAAAUAGCAUUGGCAAGCUGAGUCUUACAGCACCUGUUCCGAUCAAACAUAUGAGCGAGCUCCUAAACUUUCUCCUCCGGGUUCAGUACUUCAGUCGAUACUUUCUGCGAAACUGUGAGAUUGGACGCAUUGCAGCCGAAAUCUAUGACCACCUCAUCGAUGAGGGACAAAGUGUGGCCCUUGAGAAAGACCCCAACUGGAUGAGCUUCAAGCCCGGUGAAAUUGUCUACCACCUUCUCCAAGUUCAACAAGGGGAAUUUCGCCAUGUGCUCACAGAGAAUGACUUUCUUUUCCAAGGCCAGUACAACUUUUACAAGCACCCCAACAGUGACCGCCUGAUCCAAAACUGUGUGGCCGUCUUCCCAACAGUGCAUCCAGGCAGGCUACCUGCAGAACUGGGAAGUACAUUCCCAGAUGGCCCACCUCUGGCACCUCCGGCCCCUCAGCCAGGAAUUUGGUCCCCUGUCAGCCCUACGCCUGGGCUUCCCGCCCAGCCGCAGUGGCAGCAACCAUGGAUGGGGACAGGAUACCCCCAGCCGCCUCCACAGCCACCUCGGCCGCCCGCUCAACCACCUCAACAGCGUCGCCCACAGCAGCAACGCCGUGACCAGGCCCCAACCGAACGGCGCAACCCUGCGCUGCAUGCCAACUUGGCUGAGUUCUGGCGCACGGUGCCACCAAAUCGCCAAAGUGAGAGCAUCCAGCACUGGCUCACACAGGCGGGUAGCUCCACCACACAGUGCCUUGCUACCUUUGGAUUUUCAAAUGACGAAUGUGGGAUGUUCCAACUCCGCGGCAAUUGCCGUCGCUCAGCCUGCGCUAAACAGCACACUCCUCGUCCAGUAGGUGACACUCAAGUCAACACGACCACCCCACAUGACCCAAUACCCGGUACAUUGAGACAGAACCACACUCCUUCGCCUCAGAAUCUUGCUCCACCACAAGCCACAGCCGAGCAUCUGAGCCAAAUCACACAACAAACAUUUUCAUCUACCAUCACUAAAAAGAGACUGCACAACUCCCUUCACCUCACAACUCAUGCUAUCACACAACAACACAAACGCCUCCGAAUUCUCCCGCCCAACCCAAUCCAUCCUCCCACCUCGACUGCAGAGCCCAACAACCCGCAUCACGGGCAGCGUCCUUUCACCAACCACAGCAGCCAUCUGCCUACGGCAACUGCUCGCCCUUCCCCGCCUCCCCAAGCUGCCGCCCGACGAUUGCGCCGUGAACACCACCUCCACAAUCAAGCUGCGGCGCUAGCCACACAGCACCUUCAAAAUUCGUCGUCAUCCCCAGACCAACCCGCUCCCACCGCUCCAACACCUGGACCGGCAGCUUGUCGCCUGCAUCAGGUUCCGCCACCCCAGCAUCCGGGCCGCACCGGCCCAACCCGCCAACUACGAACCACUUUGACUGACACCAUUGCCCCUGCCACCAUUCAGGAUGUCUUCAGCAUCCUUACCCAAACACAAAGUAAGUCCAAUCCUCAUGUUCCUCUGCGUGGUUUGAUGUUCCCCGGCCCCCUUGCCCAGGCCCACCCGGCUGGCCCACAACUGAAAGAGUACGGUACAACAGGCUGUCCUGUCGACAUCACAGCAAACUGGACUUUGGACGAACUUGACGCUGCCAUGCAGUACGGCGCCCAUCCAUCCGCCGAAGCCGCCGAAGCCGCCCAGGCAUGCCGCACCGAAGCCCUGGAAAAAGUCGAUCAAGGUUUCGUCAAGCUCAUGCCAUGGAAAACGCUCCGUGCCAACAUUGCCAAAGGUCUCCUGACACACACCAAAAUUAGUCCCAUUGCGGUGAUCCCGCACAAGAGCCGCCUCUUUCGAAUGAUGCUGGACCUGUCGAACAAAGGUCAACGCCGACGAAAGCAAGGUCCCCAAUCAGUCAACGAGCUCACAAAUGAAGAUGCAGCGCCUCGACAUUCCAUGGAUCAACUUGGAAAAACCCUUGGCCGCAUCAUCUAUGCUGUCGGCACCAGACCAGCCGAUCAGGGUCCAAUUUUGUUUUGCAAAUUGGACAUCAAGGAUGGCUUCUGGCGCAUGUGUGUGCCAGAAGCCCAGGAAGAGCAGUUUUGCUACGUCCUGCCCCAAGUUCCAGGGGAUCCUCCAGAGGAAAUCCGACUUGUAGUCCCAGCCGCCCUUCAAAUGGGAUGGACCUCCAGUCCUGCCUUUUUCUGUGCCGCGACAGAAACAGGACGGGACAUUGCAGAAUGGCUUCGCAAAUUGCCCCGCCUUCCCCCACACCCCCUGGAAUCUCACAUGGUGGACCCCAUCAAUCCUGACCUCCUCAACCCAUCUCCGGAUACCGACAACCCUCAGAGCGACUGCCCAACUCCCACAGGUCCCCAACCAGCUCAGCCACAACCUCCACCAGCACCAGCCAACCCACAGGAGGCCAUGGACCCACUUCCCACAGUGAACGAUGAAGACCUGCAUCGUUUCUUCCACCAAUUCGAGGUCUAUGUGGAUGACUAUGUCGGUCUGCUUCAGUCUACCGAUGUAAAUGCCCUGCGACACCACAGUCGUGCCUUGCUGCACGCCAUUCACCAAAUUUUCCCACCACCUGUAGCCACAGGACAUGCCGGCGAAGAACCAAUCUCUGAGAAGAAACUCAUCUUGGAAGGCGAAGGAAUCUGGGACACUGUUAAGGAAAUUCUCGCGCAUGAAUGUCCAGCACUUUGA